CCCAAUUUAGUUAGACACCUUCCUCUCUGUUGCCUGCACUCUCCGUACCAAAAAAAAAAAAAAACACACACACACACACACAGAGUCACGCACUACAUUCACCAGAGCACGCAGAAACCGUUGAGAGACAGAGAAAGCAACAAUGGCAGAAAACUCUGGUGCUGUGAAGAAAACAAGAAAUCCCAAACUCACCAUGGAAGGCUACCUCGACUUCGUUCAAUCCGAGAAGCGAAUUGACAUCACCCGCGACCAUCUCAAUCAGGUUCCCAAAAUCUUCCGUCGCCGUUAUACUCUAUACUACCUUUCUUCGUUUCUCUUUUCUGAAUUUUAAUCUCAAAAUAAGCAAAUUCCGGCUGUUCUCCGGUGUAUUCUUCUGGUGUUGAGUGAUUUCUUCGGUUUUAGUGGAAAUCUGUACUCUGAUUUUGUUGUAUUAUCAGUCGUUUUUACUCCGAUGAAACCAGAAAAAAAAACGUAGUUCUGUUUAAUCUCUCUGUUUUUGCUUAAUUUUAUGGCGAAAAUGGCGAAAUCUGAACUUAGUUACUACGGAUUUUACAACGAUGAAUUCAUGUGUAGAAAAUUAACGACGGAUUGUUCUCUUGUUUUCCUUUUGCAGAUCAUUUAUAUGCACGGCUUUAGAAAGUUCAAGGGAACUCCCAAGAGCAUUCUGCUUGAGGUGGUGAGUAAGCUGGAGCUCAUGGACCCAAGCCGCUCAACAAUCCAAGACGACGGCGUAACAUCUGACGCAGUUUUAUCAAUUGAAGAGGUAAUCAAGGACUUGAACGCUCUGAAAUGGCAGGAAUGCUGCAUCACCUCUCUCCAAACGGUCAACGCCGUCAGCCACCACCACACAGAAGACGGAAGCCUCGGCAGCAGCGGUGGAUGCUCCGCCGGAACUGUGGUGUCGCCUUCGUCGGAGAAGCAGCCAAGGAAGCCGCGGAGAAAGCUCAAGAAGAUCUCUGGAAUUGUGCCUUCCCCCAUCAAAAGGAACAUCGGGAGUUCUGACACGCCGCCGCGGUCGCCGGUGUUGGAGAAUUGGAGCCCCCGCAAGAAGAGGACACCAAAUCGUGGCGGUGGCGCAGCUAGUUCAGUUUCUGCCGGUGAGGUUCAGGAGUCAUCGUCUAGGGCGCUUGCUCUGUUUUUCGGCUCGAAGUAGGAGACUGGACUAAUACUGAAGCUCAAGCAAUGGUAACUUAUUUCCGUUUGAUUCUGAUCACUUUCAGGACAGAUUAGCCUACCAGUUUGACCUACCAAUCUUAACAAUUGGUUUAACUACUAUUAGAGAUUAUUACUGCAGGGUUCUAACUCUAUGAAUGGAUGAUGUCUAGUGUUAAUUACAUUAAAUUUACUAUUGCUAAGUUGCAAUUGAGACUUGUAGCUGCUUGCCUAAUUUUUUAAAUGCUUCUGUAAUGCCAAUGGCUUGGAUGGUAUUUAAUCCUUCGCCGGAUUGAUCAAUUUAAGUUUUCUUGUUCCUUUUAAUCUUCAAUUUAGUAGCACUGUUUUCUCCAUUGCCAUGAGUUUAAGUUGGCAAUUCAGAAUAAUGUUUGUUCAGAUCACAAGUGUAUGACAAUAGAGAUGGUAGUCCUUGAUGGCUUUUUGUCCAACUUCCAGGUUGAAGUGUUCCUCUCUUUUAGCCAUCUAAGCCGUCAUAUUAGCACUGGUUCCUUUGCUU